CAACUUGAAUUAUAAACUGUCUGCCAGUUCAAAGUUAAUCAUCAGUGACUCUCAUCAAAUCAAAUUGAGGGCAAUUUUAACCACAAAUAGGAUCAUAGAUCGGCAAUUUACGUUGAAAAAAAUCAGCUGUUGAAUGCACAUCAAUUAUUGUUUCCAAUCUUAAUUGAACCUUUCAAUUGAUUUUAGUUCUUCGAAGUAAUCAUCAUCACCAUUAAAGGAUAUUUCACAGUGGAUUAUUAAUUUUGUGUUGGUCCCAAGGAAAUCAAUUUUUGUGUGGUACUUGAUGGAAAAAGAAAGUUAUGCUUUAACUCAAUGUACUCUAGCCGUGUCUAUACUCAAUCGUAUAUAAUUACAAUGUCGUAUGUCCUAUCCAUUAAAUUAAUGCUGCUUAUUUUUGACUAACAAAUCGAUAAACUAGUCAUUCAUUCAGUCAGUGAAUGCGAUUGCCAAUCAACAACCAGAUAUCUCCAGAGAUGGGCCCAACAACAGAUUACAAUGAGGUUGAUUUUGUCCUCACUGAGUAUCAGAAGAUCUUCAUCAUAUUGGUUGCUGCUCUAUUAUUUCUCUUGUCCGUCAUAAUAACCGUUUGUGUUGUCUCACCAGUUUGCCUUUUCAAUCGACUUCUCUUUGGUCGAUGUAAGAGACAUUCAGUCGAUGUUAAAGGUAAACAAAGGCUGGUCAUCGGCGAAUCAAAACAUUUUCAGCUCAAAGUGGUUCCUUUGUAUGGAUCUAAUAUUGAAAAGUCAAGUAAUAAUUUAGCCUCUUUUAAUCAAGACAGUAGACAUCUUGAUCUUGGAUCAAAAGAAUCACUCUUAACUACAGAUUCCAAUGGCUUAUACAAGCAACAGCCACCCAGUUAUAGUAAUGGGUCAAUGGUAAAGCCUUCCAAUGGUGUUCUGGUAGCCAUGUCACUUCCUCAACCAGGAGCCAAAUCAACAAACACUCAAUCACUCAUGUUGGCAAAUGAAGGCCUGAAAGAUCUUACUCCUAGCGUGUUGUUGGGCAUUGCUUGUGAAAAAGUUGAUGACUCGCUGGUUAAACUUGUGCUCAAGGUUGAUUCAGUUAUCAAUUGUAAACCUCGAGAGUAUGGUUUGGAACCUUCCGUCUAUGUUUCUAUUGAUAUUAUUAUAGUUAACGGUUUAAGAGUAAAACGUCGAUCAAAUUUGGCAAAGGUAUCAGCUUCAUUUCGAACAAAUACUGCGAAAAGAUCGGUUGAACCUGAAUUUGGUGAAUCUUUCACAUCUCAAGAGGUCCCUAAAUCAGUUAUGAAAGAUGGCCGUCUCAGGAUCAAAGUUAUGGAUGAUGAAAGAUAUGCCAAUGAUUGUUGCCUCGGCGAACUAACAAUACCAUUGAAACAAUUUGAUCUCAACUCUCCUAUGGCAAUAACAUCCUAUCAACUGAAACCACCUAAAGAGACUAAAGGUGAUUUAACUUUGGGAUUGUGUUAUCUACCAACAGCUCGAAGGGUAACGAUACUUGUCAAUAAAGCAUCACUUCUCAGUCAAUCGCAUAACAUAAAUUAUUAUAUUCGUGCUUUGAUGUUCGUUAAUGGUAAACUGAUGAAAAAGAAGAAAACUUCAACAAGCCAGAAGUUAACUUGGACCGAAAAGGACGCUCUCACCUUUGACCUAGCCCAGGGAAACCCAGAAGAAACAGCAUUCUUAGUGGUUCUCUCAUCAUCAACGGACCCCAUUACAGCUUCCCUAUCUUCACCUUCAUCUCCCGAUAGUCCAGAGAUUCCUUCAGGAUCCAGGAAAGAUCGUCAUAUUGGACAUACUGUGAUAGGCCAACCAAUAUGGCGUGAAAUGAAACAUCAACCAAGGAAACAGAUAAAUAAAGUUCUCAAAUUACUGUAGAUUAGCUGAGGAUAACCUUUGAGGCGAGUCAAUCCAAUUGUAAAAAGACAAGACAGAAACCUUUACUCUUUCAUUGGACGUUUUCAAAACAAACAAAAAAUUCAUGAAAAAAAAGACAAAAAAGACUAAAUAUGAUAAAGACAUCAAACCUUUCUUAUGAUAAAGAUAACUGUUGAUAUUAAAUAGACAGGUUGAAACGGAAAUGUGAUAUUACCAGCCGGAAGAUGAGCCUCAACACACAUUAUUUUUCCCUCCUUAUCUUCUCCAUCCUCCAUUUUUACCUCUUCCUUAUCCUCUUUUAGUUUUCAAAUGCUUUUAAUAAUCGGUUAUACAAUCGAACCCAUGAAAACCUCUUCGUAAAUCAUUCUUACACCCAUCAUUAUUACUAUUUCAUUGUAUUAUUUAUUAAUUUAUGUAUUUAUUGACUUCAUUUGAAGGUUAAAUACUUAUUGUUAAAUUUGAAAAAGAGAUCAAAUGGUUGAUUUGAAAUCUUUUCAUUUCAUGUAAAAUCGCCAUUAGAAUCACAAUAAUUAAUACUGAUAAAGACAAAAACAUAAGUUUUAAACAUUCAUCAUCACAUUGAAAAAAGACUAUUUUGUAAACCAAAAACAAUUUCAAUUUAUUCAAUGAAGAAUAUUUUUUGUUUUGUUCA